AUGGUUUUCAAAAUAUUCAAUGUUUUCAAAUUUUUCGAGACUGAAAGUUGUAAAAAUUUCCGUUCUCACUUUUCAAGAUUUACAAAAGUUUUCAAAAUAGCAACCUUAUCGGUUUUCGAAAUUCUCAUGGUUGUCAUAAUAUUCAAUCAAUGUUUUCAAAAUUUUCGAGAGUUUGAAAGUUUUCAAAAUUUCCGUUAUCAGUUUUCAAGAUUACCAAAAAUUUUCAAACUGGAAACUUUGUCGGUUUUCAAAUUUUUUGCGGUUUUCAAAGAUUUUAAAAUACUCAAUGUUUUUCUAGUUUCGAGAUUUUAAAAGUUUUCAGAACUGCCGUUGUUUUCAGUUUUAGAGAUUAUCAAAAAAAAGUUUCGAGAUUUUAAAAGUUUUAGAAUACCCGUUGUUUUCAGUUUUCAAGAUUUUCAAAAAUGUUCAAAUUGAAUAUCUUAAAAAAGCCGGAAACCUGCGAUGAGAUCUGUUAAAGCCUACUGUGAAUUUCAAAUGUUAAAUCUCCACUCAAGGGUGCGUUAUUAUUGAUUCAAAUCCUGAAACAUUUUGAAAACAAUGAAUAUUUUUAAAAUCUUGAAAACCAUGACGUUUUGGAACCCACAUUUUGGAUGAGAAAUUUUUGAGUUUUUAAAAAUGAAAUUUAAUAUUCUGACAAAAUUUGAGAAUCAUAAAACUCGUGAAAAUUUCGAAGAUAUAAAAUGUUGAAACUCGUUAAACCAAUUGUUGAUGAUCGCCAUCGAACGAGAAGAUUCACCGUACAUAGCAUCCAAGAUAUCGCUGCGUGAAUUCCCUUCCAAAAACCAGAAUCGAAACACCGACCGAUUUUGCAUUUUUCCAUUUUUCUGAAAUCUGCGGACACGCGGUCAAAACUACCGUCAGCUAAAAUUGUGUCAGUAGCCAUCUACGAAAACGUACUACACGAUAGUAAAUUUCUUUUGCGAUAGUCGCGGUAAGGCUGAGUACUUAUCGGCCCACCCUUGUAUAUCCUGAACUAUAUACGAUCUAGGUAACAUUUGUCACGAUGAUCAUCCAAUAUUUUUGACACAGUGAAGUAUUCACGUUUCGUAUUCGCUCCCUGAGUCUGUCAGUACAACUUAAAAAAAAUUAAAUAUUUUUAAAGUAAUGACCGAACAAUCAUAGUAUCAGAGACAUAGUACGCCACCCCUGCACCCUAGACUUUAGAAUACAAUAAAUUCAUUAAUAAUAAGAAGUCAUAGUCGUACGAAAAAAGAUUUGGUCAAACGAAGUUCUAUAACGCCAAAUGGUAGCUAUACGAGUAUUACUAGCGAUCGCCAAUGCAAUGAACUUUUCGAAUAUAUAUUUUUUGUAUAUAGUUUCGACCUAGUAGUCAUUGUGAUAGAUGUUUAUUUUUAAAAGUUAAGCUUUAUUUAGUAAUAUUUGCCAUUUAGGUUGUGAACGGUGUAUAGUAUUAAUUAAAUUUAAUAUAUUAACACUGACUCGCGUAUUCAAGCUUGGUACGUAGCGGGAAUUUUUUUGACCAGGUGGCGAGCCAAGAAAUUACGAGAUAACCUCGUGUAAAAAAAUUCUAUGAAAGUUUGAAACAUGUUCCUUCUCUCCACACUAACGUUGAGGUUAGCUCCUCACAGAUGGCGCUGUAACCAACUGUAUGUUCAUAUGGAAAAAAUCUCUUAUCAUUGCAGUCCCAAAAUGUACAGUGAUCUACGACCAAUCAGUUUACUCCAUGUUUUAUCCAAAUUACUUUAAAAGGUACUGUCCCAAGUUUUAAUACUGUAGCGUUUUUCUGGGUUCUUUUAGGUGUGGAUUAAAACACUGGAUUCCACAAAAAGAAAUGCACUGAUUUAUUUAACUUGACGGAACAUUUAUAUACACCACUAUUUAUGUCUGACUAAUUCUUAUGCCACCAUUGACUGCACUAUACCUCACUCCGCUCUGCUACUCUACCGUAUUCCGUACUCUGCCUCCAUCUCGCGGCCGCCGAGUUAUAUACAGUCCCAAUUGCUAUUUCGAGAAAGACCUCAAAGCGACAUCUAGAAUUUCGGAGAUCACUUCGCGUCGAUCUAGAAGGCGGUCCACUGUCACAGCUCUUUCGAGUAGGAGACUCGCCCAACAGAUGGCGCUAUUUCUCGCAAUACUUAUACUUAUUUAGCAAUCAACGAUCUGGCUUUAGAGAGAGAUAAACGAUAUCACCACCGCUUUUGGUAAAGGUUAUGCUACAUUUUUCAAAAGCUUUCUAAACGAUUAACCACGAUCUCUUAUUAUCAAAAAUGACUUUCCGAGAAGACUGUGAAUUUUUUUCGACAGUAUUUAAUUGUUAGACGUCAAAAAGUUUCAUUAGGCGAUAAAAUUGCAUCACUCGAGCUCAUAAAAUCUGGCGUACCGCAAGGUUCCGUUUUAGGGCCACUACUAUUCACAUUAUAUACCUCAUAUUUAACCACAGUCGUUCAAAAUUGUUAAAUAAUGACCGGAGAUACCCAAAUGUAUAUAUUUCACUCAAAUAAUCAUGAAACCCCUUAAAAACAAGCAUCUAGAAGGAGUUUAUAAUUUUGCAAUGAUGAUGUUAAAAAUUCGUUAAUUAAUGGUUUUACUGAGAGAGAAAACGCCGCCAAACGCUGGCCAAGAAUCAUUCGCUCCUGGUCUAAAGAUUUCCGUAACAUAUUUAUAGUUUAUUCGCUGAAUCAAAGCAGUACGUCAAAUAAUGACAGUGACGCACAUGGUUGCCACAUCAAUUAAAACUACUAGGUCCUAGGAAGUUUUACAAAAUCUCGUUUAUGUCGGUUUCGGCAUUUUAGCAAAAUGCUUAAAAGGUCACCUCAAGGUUUCGUUUUUAUAAAAUAACAAUGCAAAAAGAACGAAAAUAAACAACAUUCGAUGGCGUAAUUACCUGACAAACUUUGCGACAAUGAGAAAACUGUUACCAACAUAAAUGUACCCGCGAAAUUCAAACUAAACGUACCAAUUUAGGAUCUAUUUUAUAUAUUUCUAAUAUGACGUAACUGCUUUGUUUCAGUGAAUAAACUAUACCAAGCUUAUAUGUUGUAUUUUUUAUCAGAAACUUGUUGACAGCUCUUAUUUCUUGUCUACUAACAUUUCUAGAUGAAUUUUGAUGUUGAGUUUUCGAUCUACCCAGUAGAUUUGGGUUGAACCAUCAAUCAAUAUAUUCCCAAGUUAGCCAACCCAAUACUGUAUUCGUGCAUCCAAAAAAUAAUCUUGGAUGAAGGAGUAUCAGGUUGUCGGCUAUCUUUAGACAGAAUACUUCGAUCGAUGGUUGAGCCAAGCACCGACUGUGUAUUUUUUACGCAGCGGUGCAUAAAAUGCAUUGUUCUGGGAAACUGAGGAUUUAACCUGCAGUUUCUGACGUUUGAAGAUAGGUAUUUUGUGUACACGAUUGAAAAUCGGUAAAGCUACUUAAAAUAGAUUGAAAUAAAGUAUAUUGGAGGAUA